GUCAGAAAGCGUUCAGAGUACACAAGAGCAGAGCAGCGACUACAACUCUUCUAACUGCGUGACAUUACGCAGAGGACGCGUUCAUCUCCACACACCAGGACCAGUCCAAAAAGAUCCAAAGGCUUCAAGUUUGGUCUCAUCUGGAUUUUGUCAUCAUCGUCCAUUAAGUCUUCUCUCCGUGGAGGCCGGUCCAGCGUUUCAAGCUGGACGGAGGAGAGACGAGCGGGGCCAAGGGCCCCGCCGAGGGCCCGGCUUUCGUGCUGCGACACAGAACUUCAAACCUCGUUGAACAUGCGACGGAUAGCACGCCUACAGAGCCCAUGAGUCCCCGGGAGAAAGCCGACACGCCCACCUCAGGUUCUCCAACCAGUCACCUCAACACCGCAGAGUGCAACUCCCACAAUGGGAGGGUCCUGGAGUGCGAUGAGGAGAGAAGAAAAAAAAAUGAAGAGGACGACAGAGGAAGCGAAGGAGAGGAGAAGGAGGAAGAGGAGGGGAGGAGCAGUGAUGAAGGUUUCAUGGGAAUGACUCCGCUGCUGCAGGCUCACCAUGCCAUGGAGAGGAUGGAGGAGUUUGUACACAAGGUGUGGGAGGGCCGGUGGCGCGUCAUGCCUCACGACGUGCUCCCCGACUGGCUGAAGGACAACGACUAUCUGCUUCACGGCCACAGGCCGCCCAUGCCUUCGUUCCGCGCCUGCUUCAAGAGCAUCUUCAGAAUCCACACGGAGACCGGGAACAUCUGGACACAUCUGCUAGGCUGUUUGUUUUUCCUCUGUCUGGGUCUGAUGUACAUGUUCAGGCCCAACAUGUCUUUUGUGGCUCCGUUCCAGGAGAAGGUGGUGAUCGGAGUGUUUUUCCUGGGAGCCAUCCUCUGCCUCUCCUUCUCCUGGCUCUUCCACACAGUUUACUGCCACUCUGAGGGCGUCUCCAGAGUCUUCUCCAAGUUGGACUACAGUGGGAUUGCCUUCCUGAUCAUGGGCUCAUUCGUCCCCUGGUUGUAUUACUCCUUCUACUGCUCCCCUCAGCCCUGCUUCAUCUACCUGAUAGUGGUGUGCAUACUGGGAUUGGCCGCCAUCACCGUCUCCCAGUGUGACUUCUUUGCCACGCCGCAGUACAGAGGAGUCAGAGCAGGAGUGUUUGUGGGUCUGGGUCUGAGUGGCGUGGUUCCCUCCCUGCACUUUGUCAUCAGCGAGGGUCUGAUCAAAGCGACCACCAUGGGUCAGAUGGGCUGGCUGCUGCUUAUGGCGACGCUCUACAUCACUGGAGCCUGUCUGUACGCCGCUCGCAUCCCGGAGAGGUUCUUCCCUGGCAAGUGUGACAUCUGGUUCCACUCCCACCAGCUGUUUCACAUCUUGGUGGUCGCAGGAGCUUUUGUUCAUUUCCACGGCGUCUCAAACCUGCAGGAGUUUCGCCACAAGGCAGGAGGGGGCUGCGCCGAGGACGGCACUCUCUAACGCACACAAACUGACUCAGUCAUUCACACACAUUUUGCACACACGCACACACACACACAUACACACACAAAACCUAAGAUACUCACACACACACUCUCCCCCUAAACUGAAGACCGACGUGGCUUGUCUGGUGUCUGUGUGCGUAGUACACAGGAUUGCCUCCAAAGGGGCGCCAUUAAAACUGACUGACGAGGGUUUUUGUUCCCUUUCUGUCUGUCUAUCUUUCUGUCGAUCUCCACCUCUUCUGGCUUUGUUGCUUCUAUAAAACUGCUCCAAGAUGGUGUGUUUUAUAAACCAGUUUUUGAGAUUCUGCUUUCUCAAAGGAAAUAUCUCUGUUUGUUUGUGAGGGAGGCAAGGCAUUCAAAGCCUCCCUUCAGUAGUGCUACAUUUUGUUCUGUGUCGAGUUCUGACAUUUAAGAGUUUAAUGGUUUGAUUUGAAAAGGAAGCAUAAUUGUGGCUUUAAAAAAAUACAUUUUGAAGUGUUUUUACUGAUGUUUUCUAAAUCACACUUAAGAGCAUUAGAAUAGGAUUAAAAAGAAAAAGAAUUGAGUGGAUUUCUUCCAUGGUGGUGAAGGUUGCAGGGUGAGAUGAUGGGAACCUGGGGUUAAUAGUCACUUUUAAAAGUAAAAACAAAAAAAACAAAAAAAAAAGUUUUCCAUGUAAAUAAGAUUUCUAAAUUUUGGGUUAUAGAUUUGUAUGAAAUAUAUAUGAAAAAAAAUGGAGGUGUUAUAUCUACACUUACUGAGGUGCAAUGGUGAGAAUAAUACAAUAUAACUGCGGUUGGUGGGAAGUGCUUCAUGUAAACUUCAUGUAGUCUGUAUAUGCAAGGACGACUAGUGAAGGCAAGGAGGAAAUAUACAGCACAGCAUCAGAAUCUUAUUUAACAAACAGCAACUUCAAAAGUCGCUGAUAUUGACAACUUAGAGUCACUUUUCUGGCCUAAAAAACUCGAAAUAUAAAGGAGGAGACGGCUCAACGACUGUCCUCUACUCGGUAUUUUCCACUUUUGUGUUUAACCGGCACCCUCGUGUUCGUCAAGCAUCACAAAGCUGGAGAACAGAUCUCAAAUCAGGCCUCAUGAAUAAAACGUUCCCCAUGUGAACAGUUGUGCUUUAAACCAAAUCUAAAGUCAAAAAACGAAUUUCCAUAUCAUCAACAUAAGUUGACUCUUUUAUAGUACAUGCCCUGAACUGAUUUGUGAAAACAUGUCGAGCAUAACUUAAAGAUAUUUUUUAUAAUAAGGCCCCAGAGUCAUAUUUAUGAUUUUGUUUUUGUUCAUUGUAGUCCUCCUUUGGAUACUCUGUCUUUUUGAUUGGAUUGCAUUCUAAUUCAUUCACUGCUGUUUUUGGUAUUAUUAUACUUUAUUUUCUCUUUUCUACUAUUUAUCACUUAUUUCUUGCAUUUAGCCAGAAGUCAUGUGAUGUUAGAGUAGAGAGGCUCAGAGUACCAAGUCUCUCUCGUCCUAAAAAUGUCAAAAAACAAGUCUCCUCUUAAGAUCUGAUACAGUUAACUACUUUAAGGGCACAUGAACUGCCUCGUAUAUGGAGACUUGGUGAUUAAAACAAGGGGAACCUUUUAAAAACGUGUUUUCUGGCAAUACCAAAAUCUCGCUCCAGCACAAUAGAAACGCACAAAAUGCAACAAUUCUGAGCUUAUCAUAAACUGUACGUCUAUGGUUGUUUGAAAUUGAGGUUUGCAUGUUUCUAUUUGAUGGAAGCUUUUUCUGAGCAGGAAUUUGAACACAAUUUCUCAGUGUUUCUUUUCUGUUCUUCAUUUUUUGUUUUAUCUAGUUCCUUAAUUUAUUUCUCUUGGUGAGCGCAAAUUGUCUGUUGAAGCACACGUUCCGUUAUGAUGGGAUGAGUGUUUGAUUGCAAUAGACCUUUAUAUCUGCUGUAUUGUUCUAAUAAAAAGUUUUUUUUAAAAUCUG